UCUUAACCCACUCUUUUAUCAUUCAUAUUAAUACUUUUUGGAUUUAUUUCUUUUUACAUUACUAUCAUGUUUGCUGAACUACGACGUAUGAAUGCGCGACAGGUGGCUCUUCAAGUCUUAAACAUCCUUACCAUCUUGGCAUCAGCAUUGAUGAUCUGGAAAGGUUUGGCUUUGGCAUUGAAUAAUGAAAGUCCAAUUGUUGUUGUACUCAGUGGAAGUAUGGAACCUGCUUUCCAUCGUGGUGAUCUUUUAGUACUUUCUUUACCUAAUGAACCUAUUCAAGUCAAUGAUAUCUGUGUAUUCAAGUUACCUGAACGACCUGUUCCUAUUGUUCAUCGCGUCAUCAAGCUUCAUGAUGAUGCGGUCACUGGUAAACAAUACUUAUUGACAAAAGGUGACAAUAAUCCUGGUGACGACCGUAGUCUUUAUGAUUAUCGUCAAAUGUGGAUUCAUCAAGAAAAUGUUGUAGGCAAAGUUCGAGGGUUUGUUCCUUAUGUCGGCAUGGUGACCAUUGUGAUGAAUGAUUACCCUAUGGUCAAAUAUGUUUUAUUGGGCGUACUCGGUUUAUUUGCACUUGUCCAACGAGAAUAAGCAUGUAGUUUUAUCUUAUUGAUAGCUUAGUGGUUAUGUAUACCUUUGAAUAAAGACAAAAGAAACGAAAGGAUCAUCAUACUCGGUCUUUAUCCGUAUAUUAGAAAAGAUGC